AUGCUUUCCAUCAAGAACCUCCUCUUCCUUGCUGUCGCCGCCACCGGCUCCGUCAUCAAGCGUGACGCCGCUGAGGUCAAGCAGGGUCUCCAGACCAUCAACUCUGACACUAGUGCCGUCACCGCCGCCGUCAAUAACUACAACGGUGGUGGUUUUACCAACGCGGUGCCCAUCGUGACUGCCCAGCAGCAGCUCUCAAAGGACGUCAAGGAGACCACCGAGACUGCCAAGAACACCGGCGUUGUCAACGACGCCGACGCCAAUGAUAUCAUCAACUACAUCACCGGCACGCUUCAGCCUAAUAUCGCGGCUUCCCUCGCCGCCUUGAAGGCUAAGAAGGCCAAUUUCGACGCCGAUGGCCUGACUCCCAUUGUCAAGAGCAGCCUAACGGACCUCAAGACCGACACUGACAAGCUCGGCGCCGCUCUUAUAGCCGGAACUCCUGCUGGUUUACAGGAGCAGGCGAAGGCCAUCCAGAAAAAGAUUGACGCCGACUUUGCCGACGCUAUUGCCUUCUUUUCCUCUUAG